UCGGCCCUAGAUAACGAUUACGUAUAUAUGCGCGUAUGAUGGGCAUGCAGGAUGACCUGGACGGCAUCGUGAGGCACCGUCGUCGCAACCUGAGCCUCCUGCAGCUGGUGGCACUUACCAUGGUAGGCUUUGUGGCCCUAAGUCCGCACCAGGCCAGGGCGCAAUCGAGGGACCUGGAGCUGCAGACGGCGGGCUCCUCCACUCCUCCGGCCCUGACGCACUGUGUUGACCAGGGAGAGCGCCGGAUUGGACGCAGACUCCUCUAUAUAACAACACUAGACGGACGUCUGAGCGCCCUGGAUAUUGCCAAAUCGGGGAAGUUGCGCUGGAGCGUGCCCACUGCACCCGGUCCGCUUAUCUCGUCCAGCAUCCACCGCCUGGAGCUGACCAACAAUGGACAGUUUGUGCGCAUGAUUCCCUCACUGAGCGGUGGCAUCUACAAGUUCGACGGCGAAUCCAUCGAUCCCAUACCGAUAACGGCAGAACACCUGCUCAGUUCGAGUGCCAAGUUCAGUGACGAUCUGGUGAUAUCUGGGGGCAAGGAGACCCGCUCUUAUGGUGUCUCUGUUCGCACCGGUCAGCUGCUCUACGAGUGCUCCAUCAACGGGUGUGUAAACUCCACGGAUGAUGGGCGGGCCAUAAACGAUACCAUAGAGGAGGGAGAUCAGGAGGAGCUCCGGCAGGAGGGCGAUGAUGACCAAUUGAGGGAUGAGGCUGGCUAUGUUGUGGGCCAUGAUCCCCUUCUGGACGACGUGAUUGUGGUACGCCGCCAGACCCAAACCGUUCGGGCCGUAGAGUCGCGGACCGGCAUGGAGCGAUGGAACUUCAGCGUGGGCCAGCAUGAGCUGGACAUGGUCCGACCCUCUGAGUGUACUCAACAGCCGCGCGAUGAGCUAGAGCUGGCUGUCCUGGACGUGGACAUCAAAGUGGUGGUGCCUGAGGGCGUAAUCUGCGCCUUCAGCAAGAGCGACCCCCAGACCAUGCUCUGGAAGUACAAGUUUGAUCACCCGAUUGUGAGUGCCUGGAACACGAAUGCCGCUGACGAACUGAAGCCCAUUGAUCUCUUCAGCUCAGCCCAGUGGCUCUGGGAACAGGAUCAGACGGAAGAGGAUAUGCCCAACAGGCCCCAGAGUGCGCCAUCCAUUUACUUGGGCAUGUACGACAAGCAGUUGUAUAUCCAGGAGUCAAUCCGUCUUCGCCAGGAAAUAAUGGACCAGACGAAGGUCUACCAGCAGCUCACAGGCGACACCAGUCUGAUGCCCAAGAUUCCUUGGAAGCCCAUAGCCGCCAGCAGCAAUUCGCUGGUCAUAUUCCGACAAGAUGAGGAUGAGCCCGAGGUCAUAGGGGGCACUGGAGGCGGACAAGGAAGCGAGCUGGUACCCUAUGAUGACCAGAACUUUGCUGUGGCAGCUCAGUCCGUGCUGAAUGCCUCCGAGUUUGUGAACGGUAAUGGUUUCUAUUUCUACACUACCUCGGAUUUUGAGGGUCCAUCCGAGUGCGGCACCAAUGAGACUCCAAGUGGAUUGCCUGCCAUCGAGGCGCCUCCUCCGAACAAUGGCACGUCUGGGGGAGCGGAAAACACCGGGAACAACAGCAUCAACGACGAUCUGGGCUUCAGUCUGGAUGACAUUGAUGCUCCUGUAAAGGUGGUGAUUCUGUCGCUUUGGUUUUGGUGGAAGGAGAUCGUGGUUAUUGCAUUUACCUCGGCUGUGCUUCUGAACAUCUUUAUGGGACAGCGAAACCAGCGGGUGGAGCGGGAAUAUUUGGUCAUCGAGCGACAUGUGCCGGUACAAACUGCCAUUGAGGCCACCGAAGCAUCCACUCAGGCUCUCCUGGGUCCCGUGGUCCCCUUGCAGCGCAAUCCAGGCAAUCGCUUUAGCUUCCCACCCAACGGCCGAACCCAGCGCACCAUUUCGGAGUCCACUUCUCACUCGGGCGAACAUUAUACCUCGCGCUUCCAGACCGACUUUGAGCUGAUGCAGUGCCUCGGACGCGGUGGCUUCGGCGUGGUCUUUGAGGCCAAGAACAAGCUGGACGAGAAUAGGUAUGCCAUUAAGCGCAUCACGCUGCCCAACAAGGAGGCUUCCAGGCAACGAGUUCUCCGCGAAGCUCGUACCCUUGCCAGCUGCGAGCACCACAACAUCGUGCGAUAUUUCCAUUCCUGGACCGAGACACCACCAACUGGGUGGCAGGAAGAGGAGGAUCGUAAACUAGUUGCCCACGAGUUGUCCACCUCCAUUCAGAUCGAGACGCCAGACGAGAGUACACUGCCCUCGUUUGCGGACCAGUUGCAGGAGAAACGCCACCAGCAACUUAUGUCUUGGGUAUCGGAUGCUGCGAAUAGCACUGCCUGCAGCCACGACUUUCAUGGCCACGGGGAGCCAGCACUUAGGAACAUCAGGGAGGAGUACGACGAUGAUGAGGAGGAGGAUUCGCUUAUUGAAUUCCGCAGCGAGUCGCAGUCGGCAGCUUUAAGGGCGCGCGACGAAGAUGACGAUGAAGACGACGACGAUGAUGACGAUGAAGAGGAGGAGGAGGCAGAGAAGGACGAGAAGAAGAGUCACCAUCGCAGUUCCGUGUCUAUUGACAUCCAUUCGGCUUCUUUCGAUCUAAAGAACAUUAACUACUCACAGCACCAGUUGGUGUCCAACUCCUUUCAAAUCGAAUCGGUUCGCACCAAAAGCAAUGGCAGCGAUGAGGCGGAGGACGAUAAUAGGCCUAGAAGAAAGCCGCUUACCCUCGCUCUGGCUCAGAACCACAACAACAACAACCAGAACGGAAGCCAUCCGACGCCACCAAGUGCCACCAUACAGAAUGGAGUUGCUGGCAAGCCAAGCAAAGUGUACUUAUACAUCCAGAUGCAGCUGUGCCGCAAGGAGAGUCUACGCGACUGGCUCAGGGACAAUCGAACUGAGGCCAGGGCGGCUCACAUCGCUGAUAUCUUUCACCAGAUCGUUGACGCCGUGGACUAUGUGCACCUCAAAGGCCUCAUCCAUCGGGACCUGAAGCCGAGUAAUAUCUUCUUUUCGCAGGACGGACAAAUCAAGAUCGGAGACUUUGGACUGGUCACCGACAUGGCGGACAUUCCGAACCUGGUUGCCAAGUGUGGAGAUCAGAGUGGCCUGCCCUCCUGUGCCCGCCACACUCAGCAGGUGGGCACUCACCUAUAUAUGUCGCCUGAGCAGCUGCUCGGCCGUCACUACGACUACAAGGUGGACAUCUACUCCCUGGGCCUGAUUUUCUUCGAGCUGCACGUGUACUUCUGCACAGAGAUGGAGCGAAUCAAGACGCUGCGAAAUUUGCGGGAUGGCCAGUACCCCAAGGACUUUGCCCUCAAGUAUCCGGAGCAGUACGAUUUGCUUCAGCAGAUGUUGUCCGCCGAACCGGAGCAGCGGCCACAGACAAAGCAGUUGAAGAGCCAGCUACAGGACAUUCUGCACCUGCCGCAUCACCUGGCGGACGGACGCAGCGAGCAUGCGGUGCUGGCCGAGCGUGCCAGGCGGCUGAGUCGCAGUCGAACCUUCAGCAGCUCCAGCGAGCCGCAUCAGUGAUAGACCAGAUUGGCCGUGGGCAUGAACAGCCAUCAGUCAUCAGUUAGCAUUUUGCUUGUAAGUCAUUUACCAACCAUCAUCCUCACCUGGCUAUGCCUCAUCCGCUGACUCGACCCGGACCAGUCGCAGGAUCAUUUAAUUGGUAACACCUAGACUCGAUAAGUUUGUAUUACGUUCACAUUUUAAACUCUUGCGUGUCGCAAAUUAGCAACAACAAAAUGUCCUUUUGUUUAUAAGACUUAACCUUAGGAAUUAUACAUAUAUAUAAAGAUGUACUCCCAAAACAGUCGCUAGCCUUAGUCGAUGAUCUACGAUGCCCAAAAUUGUUUGUCCUAGUUUGUUUCUACCCAUAUAGCCAGCCAAUUAAUACGAGAGUUUGUUUUUAGUUGAUAGGCGAUAAGAGAGAAAAAUAAAAAAAAGCUUAAAAA